UCGUCCUCGGGCUUCGCUAGCGCGCGGACGUGUCGGGCGGGACCGGAGUCAGUCGAUCAUCUUGCUCGCGUAUUGCACCGUGUUUGUGUAUGUAUGUAUGUGUGAGAGUGUGUAUAAUACUCCAUACAUCGAGGACGAGAUAAUACAGUUGCUCCUCUACGCGAGGUUUUCUCCGAGAGUUUUUCCGACAUACGUAUAUAAAUACAUACAUAUAUAUAUUUAUAUAUAUAUAUAUAUAUGUGUGUGCGUGAAUUUUAGCAGACGUGUAUAUGUAGGUGUGUUUUGUACGUACGCGCGCCGUUCACGUGUGGGAGCGCGGCUGGUUAACGGUUAGCGCGUCUCUGACGUGUGUGAAUUGUAUAUCGUAUAUACAUAUAUAGAUAUAUUAUAUAUAUAUAUAUAUUCGCAGUGACACAUAGAGAGAUACGUAGAACUUAAAUAUCUACGUAUGUGUAGUAUAAAUACAUUGCCCGAGGUGGACAUCGUUUGCCGCGAGUUCUUUUUGUUUUCUUAUUUUCCGUCCUUCGCGAUCGCCGACUCGUGGUGCCGCGAAUUUAACUAGCGCGCGAGAAGGAGAUAAGAGAGUGUCGAUUCGUCAACGUGGUCCAGCUCACGAUCGAGAGGAAUCCCCGCGACGACACACGCAGGAAAGAAGAACAAAGAACCGUCUCCUCUCCCGGCGGGAGAGCUCGAUAAACUCUCUCUCUCCCGCUCGCUAUCUUCGCACGGACGCUGACAACGUUUACGGACUCCUAGGACGAACAACGGGAGCGGCGGCGACUUGGUUUUCGUGUCUCGAGACGCUAAAAUGAGAUUGGAAGAGGAUCUGGUGAUCCGCAGGAGUCGACCCACGAUGAUCUCCGCCAAGUAUCGCGCCCGCGAGGAACGUCGCCGUCUGAUGAAGAUCUCCGCCGUGAAGCUGAAGAGGAUCGAGGAUCCCGAGGCGAGCCUGUGCCGAUCGGUCCUCAUCAAUAACGCCCUGCGACGAUUGCACCGCGAGAGCCGGGACGACAAGACGCGGAGUUACGGUACCCUACCGGUGGUCGCAUCCUACAUGGACGACAUCAGCAAGGAGAACAGCGUCGCCGGCAGCCUGAUCGCCGACAUCGCGGACGAGGAGGCGUCCUCCAGAAAGAGGUUGGCCGAGGACUCGAGAAACGACGGGCUCAGUUCCAAGAGGCAGAGGCACGACGAUCUGGAUCUUCAGGACGACGUGUUCAGCGACUUCUACAUCCUGCCGCCGACGCCGCGCUUGCUGUCGCACAUCGACGAGCUGCAGCCGGAGCCGGAGGCGUCGCAUCAUCACAACCAUCACCUCGGCUUCCCUCCGGAGGAUCGUCUGGGCGGUAGCGUGCUCGACGUGCGAUCCGGUAGCGCCGGCAUCUCCGGGACGACCGGCGGCACGAACUGCCACUCGGUGCUCUUCCCUGAGGAUCUCGACGACGCGAACGCCCACCUCGCGAGAUCGUGUACCGACAUGAUGGAGGUGGCCGACGUGGUAGAUCCGGAUCGGCUCUGUGACUUCGCCAGGUUCGCCGACUCCGCUCUGGAGGAGCGACUGGCCGAGCUGCAGUCCCUGGACGAGCACUUCGACCUCACCAAGUUCGAGCGCAAAACAAUCAGAGCUGCGGCCGCGCCUUCCACGAUAUACAGACCUUUCACAGUCUAGUGCCCGGCCUGGAGACCUAGACAACGGUGCUGUCACAGAAUUACGAAGAUGACAGGGCGGCGACUUUCGAGGAUGCGGAAUCACUUGACGAGGCCUUUAUCCUCGCGAGUGGAAGAUGUGCACGCGUGUCCGGAGACGAAUGACGUCAUUGAGUCGCGUAGUGUCUGCUGAAAAAGUGCUCUAAAGGAUUUUUACCGCGGGCAAAAUUUUACGAUGGGCACAGUUAAGCUAUUAACGCUUAGAAUCGCGAAACAGAACCAAGUGUCUCGAAAAGCGGCUUUGAACAAAUGUAUUUUUGUUUAAAAAGAGAGGCGUUUCGAAGUUAAAGUUUAUUUAUACAAAAUUUAUCGAUACUCUUGGCUUUCGCAUCGGCUAAAAAUGACAAGGAUUCAAAUUUCAAAAUGAGAUGCAUAUUUAUGAGAUUAAUAAUAUUAUUAUUAUUAUUAUUAUUAUUAUUAUUAUUAUUAUUAUUAUUAUUAUUAUUAUUAAUAAUAACAUCGCAAACUGAGCGUUGAAUUUCUAAUCGAUAGGUUACAUUUUUUCUACAAUGUUUCAAUAUUGAAAUUUCAACGCUCAAAUUCUUAAAUUUUGAGAUUUGACAAUUGAAUUAAAAAAUUAACAUCGCAAUGUCGAAGUUAUAUCGAUAAUU